AUGGCAAGCAUUUUUGCAUCGGUGAAAAGAAAUUUUGUCUUGGGCAUAACGUAUCCGUCGAGAGCAUACAAACAAUUCUGGGACUAUCGACAUACGUUACUCAACAAAAAAAGCCAAAGCCCCAAGGAUGCCCGAAGACAAUGGGCCCAGAUUCAUCCUUCAUUGAAGACAGGCUACACUUUCUGCUUGUACAACGUCGCCUCGAUACUUGUCGUGACUCUUAUUGUGGCAAUAUGGGCGGGAGCGUCCCACAGAACAGGUGAUGGACUUGUGGUCACACUCUUCAACGGAGAUUGCUCGACAGCCAGUGAGGCCAAUUUCUGGGUUCAUUUGCUCAUCAACGUGUUGGCCUCAAGCUUGUUUGCCACGUCUUCAUACAUGAUGCAGAGACUGGCAGCCCCAACUCGAGAAGAUCUGGACAGGGCGCAUCGAAUCAACAAGACACUCAACGUCGGGACACUAUCUCUUACGAAUUUUGCCCUGCUCAGCAAGCAACGGCUGGCAGUCUUCGCGCUGCUUUGGUCAAGCUCGCUGCCGAUCCAUCUAAUGUUCAACUCGCUCAUCGUGUACAGCACAACGAAUGCCGAGUGGUCUAGCUGGGCAAUGCUGGUCGAGGUCAAUGAUGCACCAUCUUCGGCGCCUCCAAACUCGACCUUCCGCGCACUCAAGCGCAGUUAUAUCGAUAUCCCAACGGUGGGAAGUUCGGGUGCGUCGCAAAUGGCUAAUCUGGCGUAUUACCUGAACGCGCAGAAACCACCACUGACGAAGCUGACCGCAGAGGAGUGCAUCCAGACAUACGCUUCCGGGUCUAGUCGAACCUGGGGUGAUGUGCUGUUGAUGACUACAACGUCGAUCGACAGCUCUACGGAGGACUUCCCAAGUGACGUGGUGAAGUACCCGGGCCAGCAACCUGGAUUUGACUGGAAUAAUGGAAAAGUAGACUUGUCUUACGUAGGCGACCAGCAACCUUGGGCGUGGCUUUGUUAUGAGCAGACUGAAACCUCCUAUUCAACGACGACGUCAUGCGAUACGUCUCGCUUGCUCGAGAACGGGACCUGGAUGGUACAUCAACGUGUGGUCGAUCAUUGUUUGGCGCGGGACCUCCCCGACGCUUGUGAAUUGAACUUGAGCUUGUCGAUCAUGAUUGUGGUCCUGGUCUGUGUCUUUGGCAAACUGGUGGCCAUGCUGGCCGCACUAUCCUUCAGCCACGCACGGCCACUGGUCACCAUUGGAGAUGCAAUCGACUCAUUCCUUCACGAGCCUGACACCACGGUACAUGGCUUGUGCAUGGCCGAUGCAAGGCAUUUCGGAGAACCAGCACUAGACAGAAAGCUGGUAUCAAUCGCUAAGCCUCAUCCAUAUGGCUCGCGGAACGCACGUAUAGCCCAGGAAAUAAGCGGUCCAUGGGUCGGUGCGAAUUUUCUCGGUUUGGUCGGCUUAGGUCUGUCUUUUGGCCUGUUCGGCUGGUCGUACCAUCAGACUCGAGCAGCCCACCGUGCUGCCGAUAUACCAUUCGGAUUCGGGACGAUUUGGGGUCUGGGCUUGGGCAAAGCACCAACGUUGUACACAUAUGACGAGGCACAAUUCAUGGUAUAUAAUGCAGCCAACACGCCUGCCGUGUCGUACAUCACUGGCGCAGUUCUUGCUAACUUGCCACAUCUGGCACUCAGCCUUCUUUACUUGACGUACAACAACCAGUUCACGCGCAUCUUCAUGGCAUUCGAGUUUCGAUCAUUCGCAACCCACCGGCGUGGCCUUCGGGUCAGCAAGCCAAAGAGCGGGACCGAGCAAAGAGGCACGUAUUUCCUCCAAUUUCCGCUGCGGUACAGCAUCAUCAUGAUCUCCUACUUUGUCCUAUUACACACAUUUCUGUCCGAAACGCUAUUCUUGCAACGCAUAUAUGCAGUCUGGCCUCAAAGUUUCGACAAUGCGGACGACAUAGGGAAAAGGCUGGUGUCUAAACUUGGAUUCUCACCCUUGGCGGCACUUGUCUUCAGCCUGAUCCUACUGGUUUUGGUAACCUUCGCUAUUGGAAUUGGCUUUUGGAAAGUAAGUUGGAUUUUGCCCUCGACAUUUGGAAAUUCAAAGACCCUCGCUGCAUAUUGUCAUCCACCAGAGGGGAGUAAGAACACACAGGAAGGUCAGGUCAGGUGGGGUGUGACACGCAUGAAUGCCGAGGACAUUGGACAAUGUUCGUUCAGUCUCUUGCCGGUCCGGCCUCCCGAGGAGGGCGAACAUUUUGUAAUUGGUUCCGAAACCCCGGAGCGCAUACUCUGCGCAACGAAUGUAUGGGUAUCUGCCGAUUGGAAAUCUCCACUUGUGCAAAUCGGGAACGGAGAAGUGAAGCAGCAGAUACAGGUUGCGGCUGAUCAAGUCUGA